AUGGCGGAUCAAAGAGGGGCACGACUUUUUGCAGACAUUAACAGUUGCUUCAGGAGAGAUCCAUUGAUAGAUGAAUACGACUUCUUGCCAGUGACAGAGCCAAAACACAACAAGAGCCCAUUGGUUGUGGUGGAGCACAAGCUAGGCCUAGAGGCAUGGUGUGUUAAGAUCCUUUUCCGCUACUGCUAUGAUAGGCUUCUGGACUGGAGAAGCAAAGAGGGACAGGCCAAGUUUGCUCAUCCUCAGGAAGUUUCUGGUCUGUCAAGAGCUGUUCUUCUUAUCCAGCCAGAUUGCUACACAGUCUGGAAUAUUAGGAAGGACCUUGUGGAGUAUGGUGAUGUAACAAUUGCAGAUGACUUGAAUUUAGGAUCCUUAAUUCUGUCUAAACAUCCUAAGAGUGCUGAAACAUUUAUACACAGGCGAUGGCUGCUACACAAGCUUCUCAACCAGUGUCUUGCCUCCAGUAACGACAGCAACACCAGUAACAACAGUUGCCAGCAAGAUGGCUGUGUCAACAUGGACGCUAUUGGCGUGGACCUCCUGCCCCAGGUGGACAACCACGCCCACAACAACCACAUGCUGCAGGUGGCCGUGGACAGGGAUGUGCAGGGACAGAUGCAGCAGGAGCUGAGUGUGUGCCGGCGUGCGGCGGACCGCUACCCCUGUAACUACCAUGCAUGGAGCCAUCGGAUCUGGACCCUGCAGCACUGCUAUAAUUGUUCAAUACGGGUCCUUCUAGCAGAGCUCCAUGCAACACAGUCCUGGGCUGCUAACCACAUCUCCGAUCACAGUGGCUUCCACUACCGCCAGUUUAUCCUCAACCAGCUGCUCCAGCAGGCCGACAUGCUCAGGGACAAGUUCUGUACUGACGCCCACAACCUCCUAGAGAGGGAACUGGAGCUCAUCCUUGAUCUCAUCAACUCCUACCCCGGUCAUGAAGCUCUCUGGUAUCACAGAAAAUUCGUCUUCCAUUCGCUGCAUCAUUCCCUGAGUAAGACUGUCAAGAGCUCCUCCCACUCCCAGCAUACCUCCUUGCUUGACAAGAACGGAAGCUUGUGUUCCCAUGACAACCACGGAACCUCAUACACAGACGAGCAUAAAGGCCAGAAGAAGUUCAAGUCUGAGAACAACGAGCAACAAGGGCUGGUUCUGAGGGAGCUUGACUCUGUAUCACACAAGACAGCCCCAGACUCUCACACGAAUCACCUAGCAACACGCUAUAAAGAAUGGAUUCAACAAUGUUUUAGUCAUUAGAAAUGUGUUAUGGAAUAAUAUAUACUUUUUAACUUAAUCUUAUGCAUUGAUUGGAAAAUGAAGUUACAGUGAUAUUAAAGGGUGUGAAGGGUAUGGCUUGUAUUAGGGAAUUGUUGAAAUCAUUCUGUGAUGUUUGUAUUGCUCUGUACAUGCGAUGCUGUGGAAAUAUUCCGAGGAAUUAUAUGCUUCUUGGCAUUGGUAGAGAAAUUUCGUAUCGAAUAUGUGAAGUGAAUCCGAUUAAUGGCAGAUACAUCAGUGCCAUCAAUAGCUCUGAGUUAAUGUUGUCAUUAAGGUUAAGCCUUUAAUAUGUAUGUGAUAGUGUUCCUAUCCCCAAACACAAGCUGGCAGAGUGUCUGUCCAACCCUCUGCUGUCAAGACUUGCUGCCAGACCUAAACUAAAAAAUCUCUGGACAUCUCUCAAAAUAUAUGGAUUGGAGAAAUAGAUCAAAUAUGUUUUCAAAAAACAUAAGCUAAUAGACCAGAUACAGAUUAAAUAUGUUUCUUCUUAGAUGACCAGAGUUACAAGUCCAUUAUACUUGCCAUUUCUACUGAAACAAUACUGGAUACAGUCAUAUGCAAACAAAAGUUCUAUUCAAAGCCUGCUUGACUUGUCUUUGUAAAACCUUAACACACACAAGAGUUUCCAUUUGUGUCACCCAACUGAUCCCUUCCUUCAUGCUGGUGAGAUGCUUCUGAGCGACCAUGUUCUCUGGCAGGGGCCAGGGAUCAAUGCAUCUUGUUGCCAUCAGAGCAGAUAUGUUUGAUUUUAUGUCAAAGAAAAGUGUUCGCUCAUCAUGCUGAAGGCCCAAGUCGGUACAACUUGUUAUGGCCGUUCCUGUAACACCACCUUCAGGGGGAGGCUGACCAUCUGUUAUGGUUUAGUGAGCAUAUGUAGAGUUGAUGGUGCAAUCCAACAUGUGCAUAUUUAUAAUGUGCCAAAUCCACACUCUAAAGCAUGGUUGAAGCACUCACUACAUAAUUACCCCAGUUGUAGGAUCAGUGUCUCAGUGUCCUCAGCUCCCUGGGGAGUAUACAACCCACAGGCCCAAAAGUAAAGGUAUCCUAAGGACUAGUAGAAAUUGGCCAUUUUUAAAGGUUUUGCUAUAUGUUAUCAUUAUAAGGACUAGUGGACUGAAACUGUUAGUUUCUACCACUGAACCUAGUCUACCUGUGGGGCGCCAGGAGGUUAACAGACACAUUAACAUCUCAUCCUACCAGGUACCCAUUCACUGCUGGAUGAACAGAGGCACAUUUUGAACAAAGUCACUUGCCUCAGGAGAUACCACAUAAGCUGCAUGUGUAUCAGUGUGUAUUUACAGUUGUCCAGGGUCUAGAUUAGACAGCCAUUGGCAAACUCCCACGUGACUAUGUAAUAAAUACGGGCCAGGUGACUAUAUUAAUUAAUGGAAGAUGAAGAUCCUGAUACCCAAACACUAUGCAACGCAACAUAGCAUAUUUACAUGUGAGUAUCUUCCUCGUCCAUUGAAUCAUGUCACGACAUCUGUCUUACUUGCCAUAUGUUAUACGGUUAAUGGUUGAAUUCUAUGUGAAGCACAUGUGCAGAUUGCUGCCCUCUGCUGUGUCCAGGACCAGAACAUGUAGAUAUGGUUAAGGUUACAUCAGGAAAUCUAAACACAACAUGAACGCAAUAAAGGUGAGGUGAAAUGGGGUUUAACGUUGCGUCCAAGAUUGCACAUAUAUAGCGACGUGCAUGUACCUGUGUGUGUUUGUGUGUGUGGCUGCUUGUGCUUGUCCGGAGUGAUGCC